UUGCUGCCAUCUUACAUAGCCAGCAUCGACGAUUCGAGCCUCGUAGAGACAAGCUCCUUCAUUUUUUCACGAGUUAACGUUGCAUUACAUUUAAACCGGAAUAAAUGUAUUGACCAACCGGUUAAUUGUGGAAGACGGUGCUGUUUUAAGAUGAGAAACACCUUGACAUUUGUCGUCCUAUAAUGAUCAAAGAAAGAGUAAAAACCAGCUGCCUGGAGAGGACAUACUUUUACUCUAACAAAAUACAUCUUUAAAGCGUCCAUUUGUAUCAGUUACUUUGUUGCAAGGGACUGGUUACAUGCUAUAUAUUAGCCGAUUAAAGUCAAGGCCAGAGAAUGUUUACCAUGGAGGAGCACGAGAAGGCCACCCUCAGGCAGUGUGUGCAGGCUCGCUGUCAGCUGGAGGAGGCCAUCAGUGGGGUGACGAGGGCUGAGGCCCAGCUCAAGGAUAACUCCAGAGAGGUGAAGUCCCAGCUUCACACCUGUAUCAGCAGACACCUGGAGUCUAUGCGUUCCCGUGAGGUGUGGCUGCUGGAGCAGAUUGACCUUGUGGAGCAGCUAAAGGGAGAGGCUCUGCAGGCACAGCUAUAUCAGCUUCACUGGCUCCGAGGCCAGUUUGACAUUCUCAUUCAUCAGCUGGAAAACUCCAACAGCAACGAUCUGGCCAACCAGCUCACCAGCUGCAUGGAAAAGUUAUCUUCUCUGAACCUGACUCCUGAGGAAACCCCUGAGAUGAGCUUCCAGGCUGACACUCGUUCCCUGCGUCAGGCCAUCACCUCCUUUGGCACCAUUGCCACCCAGCACAUGGAAGGAGGCCCCGGGCUGAAUAUCGCCUCUCAAAGCUCAAAUACCAGUGAGCGACAAUGGCUUCAGCAGGGUUGUCCAAUCGCAGCUAAGAAACAGAGGGUGGAGUCUGCACCUCUUGCCGACUGGCUCCUUGGAAACCGUCCAGAGACUACAGCCCCAGUUGGAUACCAGUCAAGCAAGAACCCACAGGAUUGGUUGAUCACUCGCAGGGAUGUUCAGUCAUCUUGCCCCAUGGCCCCCUUUUACUUCCACAAGCCCUGGGGCCAGCUGAAGGAUCUGGAGAUGUGGCUGCAAAAGGAGAAGACUCCCAUCAGAGAGAGAACCAGCUGUAGUACCAGCAGCAGCUCAACCUUCUCCAUCGAGAAAAUCGAUGAGUUUGAGAUAGACAUGGCUCUGGAGGUAGAGGUGGGCCGAGAGGAGGAGGAAGAGAGGGCCAAUACAGAUGACCUGAGCGACUGGCUCCUCACCCCGGCAACCGUUGCCAAGGAAACCACCAGCAAGAGCUGCCAGGCAUCUGACCCUGACAGGUGGAAGCAGGUCUUCAAGCCUUUCCAGGAGGGCUUCUCCUCCAGCGAGUGGCUGCCCAAAUCCGACUGCGGCUCGUGCUGUGCCACCCGCACCAAGUCCGUGGAGAUUGAGAAUCUGGGCAAACUCUUGUGCCUGAAGACCCUCCCAGCCUCAGCAGCCAUCACCCCUGCUGCUACCCCCGCCUCCACCACACCCCAAACCCCCAACACACCCAGCCCUGUGGAGAUCUGGCUGCAGCAGGCCAUUCCAGUACAGCAGUCGUGCAAAGCCAACGAGUCCUGCUCCAGCUACUCUCAAUGUGUGUGUGACGAGAACUGCGGCAAAGAAGCCCUCUGCGCCUGGCUCCUCAAGAAGGAGGGUCGGGACAAGAACGGGGUCUCUGUGGACAAGAACAACCCCAGCAAGCAGUCCACCCUCUACAACCAAGAACAGAAGGUUCAGGCCAUCCUGGAGGCCUGGCUCUACCCUAGCAAGCCUCGCAAGACCAUGGGCUCCACAUCCCCAGUCCUGUCAUCCCUCUCAGCCUGGGUGUCUCCACCAGCCUCCCAGGGUGAGAAGGCCAGCAUGGAGGAACACUGCUCCCAGUUCAAUGGCCCCAAGUCAGAAAGCCCCUUAAGCAAACCACUGCAGCCAGAGUGCUGGGUUUUACCUGAGAAGACACACAUUAGCACUGCUGCCACACCGAGUCAGGAGAGUACAAAGGAGCAACCCAGCACAGAACCAGAGGAGGACAAGUGGCUUCUACGCAAGAGGGCCAAUGCUCAGGAGCGACAUGCCCUUCCCACAGUAUGUGAUCUAUUUUCCUGUAUGAAAAUUGGUGGAGACAAAGAGAAGUGGCUACACAGGGUCCCUAUACAGAUGUGACAAGUAUAUCCAGUAGUUUUUUAAAAUAUUUUCUUUGAGGAUUCUAUUGUGGAGCCACUUAAAAGCUGAUCAUCGCACACACUGUCUUGAUUCGCCUUUCCCUACAAUUCUCUUCUGGGACUGGGCUUUUUUCUUUUCCUUUCUUUCUUGUCAUGGAGAUGUGCCUCCCACCCCCAGUCUGAAGUAGACUGGGGUUUGUGGAGCUACUGCCAGUUGACCAUUAUCUGAUUGUUCUGAGCAUUUAGGUCUGAUGGAAUUCUGUGAAUUUGCCUUCUAUAAUCACAGUAGAGUUCUCAAUGCCAUGUCAAGCUAGCAAGAUUAGCCUUGGAUCUAAAGCUAAUCCUCAAUGUGAUUGAAAAUCACUAGUCUCGAGAAAGGACCAGCUGACAUGAAUAUGUCAAAUUAUUUUCCUUUGGUUUGGGGUGAUGGGAGUGAGGUAGGAGGUUUGGGUGCGACAGAAAGAAGAUAUUUUAAUCAACCAUAUUUUAGGAAAUACUUGUUUUUAUGGAAUGUGGUAAAGGGUUCUCAAAUGUACAUCACUAAUAUGAGUGGCAGGUCAUUGUAGUGGUCUUCACAGGAUUCCAUCAGUCUGUGACUAUGGCUUGUGGGUAUUUAGUUAACCCCUCAUACUCAAAUAAGAGUAUCAAGUAAUGUAAGCAAAGCUAUUAUUUUCAUUGAUUUCUAUUUAAUUGUAUAUGUAUUCUUCUGAUCUUACACGCUAAACCUAAAGUUAUUCACAAUUACCAAUAAAUCGACCCUUAUCGCACUACCAUAACUCUAUAGAGCUCUGGUUUAUGUGCCUAAAGUUCGCUUCAUUGUAUUUAGCGGAUACAUUGUGAAAACAGGGUUGGCUUGCCUCCUAUAUAUCACCUGUGUGUUGAGAUCUUCACUGCUGUGCAAGAGUUGAUUGUUUACAUGUUACAAAAUAUGCAAGCUGAAAACGUUGUGCCCAAUAUAGAGAUUCCAUUGAUAUGACUUUCGAUUGGCUGAAUCCAUUGAAGCAAACAUCUACUGCGUAAUCAUUUGAGUACCUAUCAAAAUAACAUGUAUUGAUAACCAAUGGUGUGUAUGUCUUUCUGCAUAAUACCUCUUUAGAUGUCUCUCCAUAGUGGUUAGAACAAAGAUGCUUCAAAAUGUUUACAUGGCUCUCGGCGUUGGAGAGGAGAAACCCAAUAGACGGGUUGGUUGUUUAGCAUCAAAACCAACUGGUGCGCAACUAUGGGGCAAACGGGGUUGGUUUAGAUUGUUGACAACAUGUAAACUAUAUUUAGUCUCAAUGUUUGUUGCUAGCUAUCUGACCGUUCAGUCAUAACGUGAGGCUUCAAGACACAUCGAUGCGCGCAUCAGUUUCAUGACGUCAGCCAACCCGUCUAUGGUGCUCGAUGAAUGGGUCUAGUGUUUGAUACUAGGACUUGGUUUUUCAGUUCAUCUGGGGGGGGCUGUGCAAAUGCUUUUUACCAUAAAGUAUAACUAUCCAUAUGAUCACUUGUUACGCUCUCUGCUGUGAUACCUGUACCAUAUAACUCUUAAUAAAAACAAGUAAACCUUGA